UGGCGACGCACCGCUCCCUUCACUUCGCAGCUCUGCGUCGCGACGUAAACACGUGCACCUCGCUGCUUCCAGCAGGUUACGAGUUUUUCAUUCCACCGUCAUCCUCUCGCGCUCCAGCAUCACUCCCUGACAACAGCAGCGAUGGCGGAGCCCGUAGCGUCGGAUGCGGCAGCAUCCCCGAGCCCGGGCCUCUCUCCCGCAGCCAGCCCGUGCUCCGAGCCUCCAUCCAUGGCUCUCUCUCCCACGGCGGACGGCUCCCAGCGGCUGCUCUUCUCCCACGACCUGGUCUCCGGGCGGUACCGCGGCUCGGUCCGGUUCGGCCUCGUACGGAUGAUCCACGGCGAGGAGGAAUUUAACUCCGAUUCGGACCUCGACGAUGGCGGGGGGAGACACGGCGACGGAGGAGGCGGCGGCGGAGGAGGAGGAGGAGGACGAGCCCCAUGUGGUUCGGACACUGAGAGCGCCGUGGACAGCCCGAGUCGGCCGCUCGGUCGGGGAUUCGUCCGCGUCCAGUGGUACCCUGAAGGAGGAAAGCAGGACAUCCGGGAGACAAAGCUGAAACUCGUAGAUCGAUCUAUUGUCAUCAGAGACAUUGUGCGACGGAACAAUUCGAAUGACAACCAGUGUGGUAUUGUGACCAACAUUGACAUUGAGUGUGCAGUGAAGCUAGUGGGAACAAACUGUGUUCUGUAUCCAGUUAACAGCAAAGACCUGCAGCACAUCUGGUCUUUCAUGUACAGCGACUACAUUGCCUACGACUUCUGGCUGGGGAAAGUGUACGACCUGACUAAUCACAUCAUCCUCAAGCUCUCCAAUGGAGCCAGGUGCUCCAUGAGUGUGGAGGACGGUGCCAAACUUUACGACGUCUGUCCACAUGUCAGUGAUUCGGGUCUGUUCUUUGACGAGGCGUAUGGUUUCUACCCAGGCCAGGUCCUCAUUGGUCCAGCCAAAGUUUUCUCUAAUGUACAGUGGCUGUCAGGGGUCAAACCUGUCCUCAGCAGGAAGUGCAAGUUUAGGGUGGUGGUGGAAGAGGUAAAGGUGGUCGAACUCAAGGUGACGUGGAUCACAAAGAGCUACUCCCCAAAAGGCUCUGACAGCGUCUAUCCACCUCCAUCCACCAUCGCACAGGAAAAUCUCUGCAGGGUGAGACGUCUGGGCUACUACGACCACACCCAGAGGCAGCUGGGAGAGAGGGCCCUCUACAUCUUUCCCGCUAAGGGGGACGCCACACGCAUCACCUGUGAGGGACCCGAGGGAGCAACUGUCCUACCUGAAGACCCUGUGGCCAGAAAGUUGAAAAGGAUGUUCAAGAAGGAUUUGGGGAAGAAGACUGAUAACGCCGACACACAAGGUGAACACAAAUCAGAGCAGACAGACUCGUCUCACCCCAACAACAACAACGGCCCUGUGGCGUCUGUCCUGGACUCUGAGAACACCAACGACGCGUCAGCUGAGCACGGCGAGCAGGACGCUGACGACGAGGCUGCGGAGGACACCGACGACACCAGCUCCCUGACAUCAUCUGCGAGCUCCACAGCGUCCUCUCAGAGCGGUGGGCUGGGAACAAACCGAAAGAAGAGCAUCCCACUCUCCAUUCGCAACCUGAAGAGGAAGCACAAGAAGAAGAGGACCAAGUUCUCCCGGGAGUUCAAGCCCGGAGACCGGGUGGCAGUGGAAGUUGUAUCCACAAAGACCACGGCUGAUGUGAUGUGGAAGGACGGGAGGGUGGAGCAGGGGAUCCGAUCAAACGACCUCAUCCCGAUCCAGCACCUCGACAGCCACGAGUUUUGUCCCGGGGACUUCGUAGUCGACAAACGACCCCAAGCCCUCCAGGACCCAGGGGUCUAUGGUGUGAUCCAGUCAGGUGAUCAUAGGGGAAGAACAUGUGUCGUCAAGUGGAUCAAACUCAACUCCACGAGUGACGACGUGGAGGUUAUCGGUGUGGAAGAAGAUGUCAGUGUGUACGACAUUGCAGAUCACCCAGAUUUUCACUUCCGCACCACUGACAUUGUCAUCAGAAUAUGGAACUCUGAGAACGGACAGAACGACUGUGAAAAUGAGACAUCAGUAGGCCAGGUGUCCAGGGUGGAUGUGAGCAGCAAAGUGGAGGUGGUGUGGGCAGACAACUCCUUGACCAUUGUCCUGCCACAGCACCUCUACAAUGUGGAGUCUGAGAUCGAGGAGACGGACUACGACUCUGUGGAGGAGACCAGCAGCGUCCUAUCCACUGAGGAGUGGGAGGACGAGAGUGACAGCUGGGAGACGGACAACGGCCUCACCACUGAGGACGAUAGCCAUGUCAACAAUCCCGAUGUCAACGACACGGCGACCCCGACCCCCACGCCCACUGGCUCCACGGCCUUCAUCAUCCCCCCACAGGAGGGCAGCAAAGCCGGGGUCACCAGCCCCACUAAAGCGGUCUCUGGAGAGGAGGGAGAAGCAUCUGGGGCUGUGGCCAGUCCGUCUUCUGUAGGAGGAACCACUCCAGGAGGUGCAGUCAAUGGAGCGGAGAAGCCCAGUAAAGAUGGGGCCUCUCGGGGCUUCAGGGAGUUGAAAGAAGCCCUGAAGAUCCUGGAGAGCUUGAAGAACAUGACUGUGGAGCAGCUGUGGACCGGCGGCUCUCCAACGUCGCCGACCUCCGCUGAACCAGCCUCUGCGACUAAUGUAGCGAGUUCAGUGACACCCACAGCCCCCGAGAAACCCACCAAGGAGAAACGCUUCCUGGAUGACAUCAAGAAGCUGCAGGAGAACCUGAGGAAGACGCUGGAUAAUGUGGCCAUCGUGGAGGAGGAGAAGAUGGAGGCUGUGGUGGAGGCAGGGGGGAGUGGAGGAGCAGGGGCAGAGGUGGAGAGAGCUGGAGAGGAAAAGCCCCAACAAGACCCCCAGACACCGGUUGGUGGACAAGAUUGGCCCAGUGAGUUUCUCAGUGACACACCAGUGCUGUGCCAACAGAGUGGUGGGAAGCCCGGCGUCACCUUCACCAGUGCCAAGGGAGAAGUGUUCUCUGUGCUGGAGUGGGCACCAGAUACUCAUUCAUUCAAGAAAAUGGAGUUUCAGCCAGCCGAGGCAAAGAAGUUCUUCAGCACAGUGAGGAAGGAAAUGGCUCUUCUGGCAACAUCACUGCCUGACGGCAUCAUGGUCAAAGUAUUUGAAGAUCGCAUGGACCUGUUUUCUGCUCUGAUAAAAGGGCCGACUCGAACGCCCUACGAGGACGGUAUGUUCCUGUUUGACAUCCAACUGCCCAACAUCUACCCAGCUGUGCCGCCGCUGUUCCGUUACCUGUCGCAGUGCAGCGGUCGCCUCAAUCCCAACCUCUAUGACAACGGCAAAGUCUGUGUCAGUCUACUCGGCACCUGGAUUGGAAAGGGAACGGAGAGGUGGACCAGCAAGUCCAGUCUGCUGCAAGUCCUCAUCUCCAUACAAGGUCUUAUCCUCGUGAAUGAGCCUUACUAUAACGAGGCUGGCUUCGACAGUGACCGAGGCCUUCAGGAGGGAUAUGAGAACAGCCGCUGUUACAAUGAGAUGGCCUUGAUCAAGAUGGUCCAGUCUAUGACGCAGCUUCUGCAGAAUCCUGUGGAGGUUUUCAAACAGGAGAUCCAGGAGCACUUUGUCUGUAACGGCUGGCGUCUCGUCCACCGUCUGGAGGCGUGGCUCGAGUUGAACGAGGCUGCAGAGAGGAGCCACGUGUCCUGCAGGGCUUCGCACUCCAAAGACCGACCGCCAUCCGUGGAGCCUCUUGACGAGCAGUUGCCCCUGGGAUCGGGGCCUGUGGCGGUGGCCCACAGCAGCCCCAGUAAGCCUGGCGAGGAGGGAGUCACAGGAGCAGCGGUUACCAGUAUUAUGGAGGAGGAGCUGGAGGAUUCAGGGCUCAGUCCCUCCACUACAGCAGCCUCUCAGCAGGAGCUGAGCCAGAACUCAGACUGUGAAAGCAGCCAGGGGAACGCCUCUGUGGUUGGGGAAAACAAGGCUGCCUCUACAGUCCCUGGCUCUGUCCGUGGCGGGACAUCAGAAUCAGGUUCCGCCACGGUCAGCGGAGGAGGGGUGGGCUCCACGGCAAGCCAGCCAGCGGUGCGACCAAAGAAACGGAGAAAGAGCUACCGGAGUUUCCUCCCAGAAGGCAGCGGCUACCCAGACAUCGGCUUCCCGCUCUUCCCGCUCUCUAAGGGCUUUGUGAAGAGUGUCCGAGGCGUGCUGCUGCAGUACCGAGCUGCGCUGGCCGCUGCCGCCUUCCCUGACCACACAGAGGACAAGUAAGUGCCUCCUCGCCAUCCCGCGACACUCCUCUGCACUGCUUCCUGCUCUUUCCUCCACCGUCUCUCCUACCUUUUCAUCAGCCUCAAGCUGUAAAGGAGGAUCCAUUUCUAGUCUGGGGGGGAUUAAAUUUUCGAUCUUCUGUACUCCUGUCCAGAGCUGCACUGUGCCCCCAGCACUGCCCACAUUUUUGUCCUUUACCUCCAUUUCCAAGUCUGUACUGCUCCUGCUGCCCCAUACUCCACAACGAUCAACCUUUUUUUUUCCUCUCCCAUAAUCCCUCCCGAUCGAACCACGACUGCAGGAGAAGAGCGUCUUUGUUCAGGAGAGUGAGCAAAUUCUGGUUUGAAUAUAACUUGAUAAUGUCUCUGUUUUUCUUCAGUGUUCCUGCAGAUGAGUGUGAUGGAUAAAGAGGGUUGGAGCUCACAUGCGCUCGCCCACGUGCACAAACCUGCCGGAGUCACCCUGUCACAUAGAAACUCUCACCUUUUCAUGGACGCAGGUAAAAACACUUUUGCUGGAGGCUGACAAAGUUUCUCUGGGCCUCAGCAGGACUUUGACUUCAGUGGCAGUAGUGUGAUGCAAAGUUGAUGGAAUGAGAUGAAAAACCAGUGCCAUGAACCCUCUUCCAACCCCCCUCAUUCACCAAGCCCCCACCUCAUGGGUGGGGACUUGACGGAUAACCACUCCUCUGUCUGAAUCCUGGCUGUUGGACUACCCGCAGCUCUCUGUAGCACCACUGACACUAUCACUGAACCAUCCUGCACUACGACAAACAGAAGGACAAUCUGGUGACGUACAAACACACUGGGAGGAUCCUUUGUUUCUUUUUUAGUAGAAGUCGCUGUUUGUUCGCUUUAUGCCAAAUUUCUCUAUUCACUAACACACAUGCACAUACACAAAUUUUUUGUCUUUCUCAUGUUGUGAGGACACUCUUACCCCUUCACUUAAACUAUCAAACAGAAAACUAACCCCAACUAACAUAAACCUAAUUCCACCCCAUAACCAAGUCUCAACCCCAAAACAGCCCAUUGAUGUUCUGAGGACCAAAGAAAAUGUCCUCACGAUGAUGUUUUGAACACAAAUUGUCCCUCACAACUAUAGAAAGACAAGUACACACACACACACACACACACACACACACACACACACACACACACACACACACACACACACACACACACACACACACACACACACACACACACACACACA